AGCAGUUUUCGCCGAUCAUCCACAGGCCAGUCGUUCCUCGUACAACAACUCUUGUUGCAUCGCACACAUCUGCUCAUGAAGGCACUCGAAGCGUACGCGGCGAAUAUGUUUGCGCAAACGCCAUUCCAUCUUGCUCUCAUGGGCGUAGCGGCGUACAUGACCCACCGCUCGAGCACCGCGCCCACCCCCCCGUCGAAGGACAACGAGAUUGUGCGAGAGGCGAAGCCUAUGGAGCGAAUCUUUCAAGUCAGCGGCAAGGUUGUGGGACAGAUGGGAAGUGCUACUAAGUACAUGACAUGGGCGAGCGCCGGAUGCACUGCCGCCGUGCUCCUCGCGCGCGAGUAUCCGAGCGAGCUUAGCACCGCUGUCCUCCAAAAGCUGCUCCCUGCCGGCAUCGGCGCAGCCGCACGGAUUCAGCCUACGCCCGUCGUCCUUGCGGGGUACGUGCUGACCGUAGUCGGCGCUGGAAUCCGCGUGGCGUGUUUUCGGGCGUUGGACCGGUUCUUCACGUUUCAGGUGACGGUAAAGGAGGGGCACCAGUUGUGCACGCGAGGGCCGUAUUCGAUCGUGCGUCACCCGAGCUACACGGGGUGGUGCAUUCAGUCCGUCGGCAUCGCGCUAUGGAGCUGUUGUGCGGGCUCUUGGGCGCGGGAGGCCGGCCUGCUGGAGCGGCCGACAGGAAUGGCGGCGGCGUGUGUGUUUGUCGGUGUCCAGACGUACAUCUGGCUGUGUAUCGUUUUGAGAUGCGGCCAAGAGGAUGCCUGGCUGAGGAAGCACUUUGGCAAAGGUUGGGACGAGUGGGCGAGGACCGUACCGUACCGGCUAGUACCAUUCGUUUACUAGAGCCCACCACUAUGUCUAUCAUUCAGCGUCAUUCGAGAAUUAUUGGUCUGAGCCUAAAA